GUAAUUGAAUGUGACCAUGCACACAAGAUCAAUAUAACCUAACUAUUUUUAGGUUAUAAUUGCUUAGUUUUCAGCACGAUUUUUGGUAUUUUACCUUAUUUUUUAAACCAGUUGAGCGUUUAUCUGUAUUAAAUCGAAGAAACAAACGUGGUGAAACUAUGAAAUCAAAAGUUAAUGAGGGUUUUAAAGUUCUUCCUAUUCGAUUAUCGGAAAAAUCUACUACUUGCCACGAAUUGUUUAUAAAAAAACAUGCCGUACGACAUCAUACAGAUGAUAAGCCCCCUGAUCGAACAUUAUUUGUACUUAAUAUACCACCGUACAUAAAUGCCAACUAUUUAAUGAAAGCAUUUUCCUCUGCCGGUACAGUAGAUGAUGUGAUUCUGCAGACAAAGCAAAGCCAGGCAGGUGAAGAUGUAGAAACUGUAGGAUUUCAAAUUGCAUUUAUCAUCUUCAAAGAAUCAGAUGGCGUAAAACACGCAUUGGAUCUGAGUACUAUAGAUCUGAUUCCAACAAAUGACGCUACCAUAGUUACAGGCAUAAAAAAGUGGACGAAAGAAUAUAACGAUCAAAUUUGCGACCGAGAUAAGUUGGAGGAGGAGGUGAAUAAUUUCGUUUUCAAAUUUGAUAAAAUUAUGGAAAAUGAAAAUAAAUCUGCAAAGGGAACAGAGAGCGGAGGUUGGACUGUCGUUAGUAAUAAAAGUAGACGAAAGGGCAAUGCUCGUAAAGAAAGUGUAAAGAAUAAAAUUAAUGAAAGGAUUGCAAAACAAGAUGAACGUAAAUAUCUUGCAGACUUUUAUACUUUCCAGAAACGCGAAUCAAAAAUGAACCAUUUGGUGCAAAUGCGGAAAAAGUAUGAGGAAGACAAAAAAAGGGUAGCUGCUAUGAAGCAGUUUCGUAAAUUCAAACCUUAUUAAUUUUGUAUUCGUCAGGUUAAUUAUGUACUGUUGUUUGUAGUUUUGUUGUAUAAUAAAAUUUGUCAUGAGUAACA